AUGGUUGGGGAUGGUAGUAGCAUAUUUCUAUGGUUUGAUAAUUGGCAUCCUGCUGGAUGCUUGUUUGAUACUUAUGGAUCUAGAGUGAUGUAUGAUGCGGGUCCUUCUAUUGGUCCAAUGCUUUCCUCUAUUAUUAGAGAUGGUGAUUGGUACUGGACUAGUGUUAGAUCAGAGGCUUUGGUAGACAUUCAGAGUCGUCUUCCUAAAGUGAUAUUAGGGGAAGUUGAUAAGGCGGUUUGGGAUUCUAAAAAUGGUGAGUUUUCUAGUUCGGAGACUUGGGAGAAGCUUAGAGUAGCUCAUUCGAUUACUAAUUGGCAUAAGAUUGUUUGGUUCCCUGCUAGCAUCCCUAAACAUUCUUUUGUGCUUUGGCUUGUUUUUCAUGGUGCUUUGAUCACAAAGGAAAAAAUGUGUAGCUGGGGUUUUAAUGGUAAUAUUUCUUGCUUGUUCUGUCAUGCCUGUGUAGAAAGUAGAGAUCAUCUCUUCUUCUCUUGUGGUUUCAGUAGGCGUAUCUGGUAUACUAUCAUGAGGGACUGUUCAAUACCUUACCCUCCUGUUGAGUGGGACGAUAUUGAAGAUUGGUGUGGUUCGGUAAUGAAGGGGGAUAAUUUCUAUGCUAGUCUCAGGAAACUAUAUUUUGGGGCUGCUGUUUACCAUCUAUGGAGACAGAGGAAUCUUCUUCUUCACGGCGAGACUCCUUUGACCGAAGAGAGGAUUAUCUCCAAGAUUAGAUGGGAGGUGAAGACUAGAAUGGUUUAUAAAUUCCCUUCGAAAUCCCCUUGUAACCAUAGAUGA